AUGAAGUAUGCAAUUUUGUUCAUGCUUUGCGCAGCUGCAUUUGCAACAGGCAUAGAUGAUAUAAAAGGUAGAUCUACAAGGGAACUUGGAGGAUGGUGUUAUGAUUGGGACGACGUAAAUGAUAGCAAUGGAGGGGCUGACAUUGAUGAAGCUAUGAAUCAAACUUUGCCAGUUCAGCUGACAAACACAACAACCAACACAACUGGGCUUGGCAGCUGUGACUGCAAUUGUACAUGUGAUUGCUUUUCCUGUAAUUGCUCGUGCAACUGCACUACACCAUUAGGAAACCAAACAGUGCCACCACCUGGCAACGACACAAAUCAGACUAAUACGACAAAUUGUACUUGCCAUCGCCCUCGUCGUCCUAGAUGUCACCAAAGAUGUAGGCCAUUUGACUGUGAUGGCGAUGACUACUGGAUCACUGAAGAGCUAACAAGGAAUGCUGAAUUUUUAGAAUAUGAAGAUUUAAGCGAUACUAUUGAUUUUAUGGCUGAGCGCCAAGUGGAUCCUUAA